CCUCCCUCUCUCUCUCUCUCCCCCCCCCCCCCGCGCGCUCCUUCCUUCCUUUCUUUUUCUCAGCUCUCCUUAAGUCCUAUGCAAGGAGGAAGCAAAAGCUGCAACUCUCUCCCACCUCCCCACCCCGCCCUCUUUGGCCUUCCUCCUCACCUCUUCUUCCUCCUCAGCCCCAUCCCUGAGCACACUCCUCUCCCCCCCCCUUCAAGGUGUCCCACUGCUCUGAAGAAGGAGACGGAAAAGGCUGGUGGGACCUCUCAGUCCUUUAAAGCCCAGGCAAUUGAUAAGAGGGGAGAAAAAGCUCCAAGUCCGCUCCGGAGCAAAUGACGAGAGAACAAAAGCGAAGAGUGAUGUAAUGGCAGGACCAGCCGCAAAGCAUCUUUUGUUUGACUUGUGAAAUAGUUACUCUAUUGCUGAAGAUGAAUCAGCUGUGAGGGGCUGCUUUUUGUGGCACCAGCCCUGUCUGACCGGCACACCAACUGAGAGCCGGAGGAGGCAUUCAUCUCUGUAGGGCCCUCUCCUCGACGACAACAAAAAUGGGCCUAAUUUUCCUCCUGCCAGUCACCACCAGCGUGACCUCAUACCCUCCGCGCACAAUGGAAUGGCUAAGCCUUUGAGUGGAGAGCCAUUACCUCACCUCCUUGAUUGCCUCUGCUGCAAAUUGGAGAGGAAGGCGGUGGCACGGGAAGGGACUCCUUCCUCGCUCGCCUCUGUCGCGAUGGCUGAGGAGAUGAGCGGCGCUCGGCUCAUCGCUCCCGAGAGGCUCGUGGCUCUGCUGGAGAGCGGCACGGACAGGUUGCUGCUGAUUGACAGCCGCCCCUUCGUGGAGUACAAUACCUCGCACAUCUUGUACGCCAUCAACAUCAACUGCUCCAAACUCAUGAAGCGGCGGCUUCAGCAGGAUAAAGUGCUGAUCACCGAGCUCAUCCAGCACUCGGCCAAGCACAAGGUUGAAAUUGACAGCAAGCAAGAAGUGGUGGUGUAUGAUCAGAGCUCGAAGAAUGUGGCUUCUCUUUCUAGUGACUCUUUUCUGACUGUACUUCUUGGAAAGCUGGAGAAGAACUUCAGCUCCGUUCAUCUGCUUAUAGGUGGAUUUGCUGACUUCUCAAGAUGUUUCCCUAGCCUAUGUGAAGAAAAGUCUGUUCUGGUGCCUUCCUGCAUUUCUCAGCCCUGCUUACCCGUCUCCAACACUGGGCCAACCAGGAUUCUGCCUCAUCUGUAUCUCGGUUGUCAGAGGGACGUUCUCAACAAGGAGCUGAUGAAGCAAAAUGACAUUGGCUAUGUACUGAACGCCAGCAAUACUUGCCCCAAGCCGGACUGUAUCCCAGACUCUCACUUCUUAAGAGUCCCUGUGAAUGACAGUUUCUGUGAGAAAAUUUUUCCCUGGUUGGACAAAUCUGUGGAUUUCAUAGAAAAAGCGAAAGCCUCGAAUGGUCGCGUUCUGGUACACUGUUUAGCUGGAAUAUCUCGCUCUGCCACCAUUGCAAUAGCGUACAUAAUGAAGAGAAUGGAUAUGUCCUUAGAUGAGGCUUAUAGAUUUGUGAAAGAGAAGAGACCCACCAUUUCUCCUAACUUCAACUUCCUCGGCCAGCUUCUGGACUUUGAAAAGAAAAUCAAGAAGCAGACUGGCCAAACGGGGCCCUUCAGCAAACGGAAACUUCUGCACUUGGAGAAAACCGGCGAGCAGGGACUGGGUUCGGACAGCGGGCACAGCAGCAGCCUCCUUUCCUCCCCGCAGCUGUGUGCCCCUGCCUCUUCCUUGGAGACUGUGGAGCAGUCUGUGGACUCACUUAGCCUGGCAGGCCCGCCUCUGUCAUCUCUUGAAGACAGUCCACUGAUUCAGGCCAUCACCGGACUCCGCGUGUCCUCAGAUAAAAAGGUGGAGGACAGCAACAGACUGAAGCGGUCGUUUUCCUUGGAUAUCAAAUCCGUCUCAUGCAUGGCAAACAGUAACUGCCUUGCAGCUUCGGGACAGGGGUAUUCCUCUCUGGAGGAUACGUUAGAAUAUUACAAGCAUUCAGCGGCCUUGGAAAAUAGCACCAAGCUGUGCCAGUUCUCACCUGUCGAGGAGGUUUCGGAACAGACGCCAGAGAGCAGCCCCGACAAAGAGGAAGCAAAGAUUCCCAAGAGCUCCCAGAAGGCCCGGCAGCCUGACAGUCAAAGCAAAUGGCAGCAUUUAGGUCGAACCACUACCACCACCACCCAGAGGUCGUACCCCCUGCAUCGGAGCGGCAGCAUGGAAGACAACUACAGAACAAACUUUCUCUUUGGCCUCUCCACCAGCCAGCAACAUUUGGCCAAGUCAGCUGCAGGGCUCGGGCUGAAGGACUGGCAUUCGGACAUUUUGGCCCCUCAGACCUCGGCGGCUUCCCUCACCAACAGCUGGUAUUUUGCCACAGACCCCUCUUGCGUCUAUUCCGCAUCUGCUUUGUACGGGAGCAGCGCGGCCUACCCCGCCUAUAGCUGCAGUCAGCUGCCCACGGAGGGCUCUUGGAAACGCAAGCCCUCACGCCAGUCGCGCCAGGAGGAGAAAAAGCCACGCGAUUGCUUUCGGGGAAGACUGCCUUGGCGCGGAUUAGCCGCGAACGCGAGCUCUUUCGAGAAGCAGUUCAAGCGAAGGAGCUGCCAGAUGGAAUUUGGGGAAAGCAUCAGGUCAGAGAACAGGUCCCGAGAAGAACUGGGGAAAGUGGGCAGCCAGUCAAGCUUUUCGGGCAGCAUGGAGAUCAUAGAAGUAUCCUGAGCUUGUUCCACAACUGCGUGACUUUCCCCCUUUCGGGGGUCGGACAAUUCCCUGUAAAUCUGAAAUUUCAAAAACAAAAUGCAAACCGUGGGCCUUCUGUGUGAAGGAAGUGAACCUAUACAAUGAGAAUGAGAGAGUGAAUAUAUAUGUAUGUAUGUAUAUUAAGAGUAAUUAAAUGAUAAACCUAAUACCUGCACGGGGCAAUCAGCUAUUUUCCUCCUGGUCCCUUGCCCGCCAAACACCCUUCACCUUCAGUUUGUUUCUUUUGAAUUCUUCCCGACAAAUGAAGCAGUUGUAUACAAAGAAUUGCAGGUUCUUAUCGUCGUUAAGGAAUCGUUGUAAGUUGGGGAAGUCUUUUCAAUUUUACUGAAUUAUUCUACUACAAAGCCAAAUGAGGUGUGUCCCCCCCCCUCUCCGAUUCUGUUCCCCAAGUUCUUCAGCAGUGCACCUGAGCCAAUCUGAUGAAAUGUCCUAUUUCGAGGAAAAUGAAAAUGUAACCACCUCCCCAGCUCUUGUAGGUACCCAGGCUGGGCUGAAAACCAGCAAGGCCUCUGGCCGGACGCUGUAAGUGCCGAUUUGGUGGACAAAGUUUACGUUCUGUGUAACAAACCAGUACCUCAAAUGAAAAACAUGGGCAAGGUGAAGCAAUGUGAAAAAAAAAACCCAGCAGAGUGCUUGUUCGUUGGUUUCAAGCAUGGUAUUCAAUGUUGAUGGUGAUC